CUGGUGAGUGUAAUAGUCAAGUUUGACAAGGGUAUCCUACUACAACUCUUGGAUAAAUUGACAAGACGCGACACUCGCUGGUGCGACGCUACUGUCGCCAACACAGAGAAACCACCGACACCCCCGUCGCGGGGUACCCCCUACAAUCAACUGACAAUCGGUGUCCCCAAAGAGAUCUUCCCCAACGAGAAAAGGGUGGCUCUCUCUCCUGCCGCCGUCAAAGUCCUCACCAAAGAAGGAUUCAACGUGGUGAUCGAGGAUGGCGCUGGAUCGCAUGCCAAGUUCUCCAAUGCAGAGUAUGAGGCAUCGGGUGCCCAGGUGAAGCCACUGUCAGAGGUCUUCGGUUCCGACAUUGUCCUCAAGGUGAGGGCACCCACGUCGGAGGAGAUGGGGAAGAUGAGACCAGGGAGCAAUCUCAUUAGCUUCAUCUACCCGGCCCAGAACAGCGAGCUCGUCGACCAGUUGGCCGCUGCGAAAGUAACCGCUUUUGCCAUGGACUGCAUCCCUCGCAUCAGUCGGGCGCAGGUCUUUGAUGCCCUCAGCUCCAUGGCCAAUAUUGCCGGGUACAAGGCAGUCAUAGAGGCUGCCAACCACUUUGGUCGGUUCUUCACAGGGCAGAUCACGGCCGCCGGUAAGGUUCCCUCCCGCUAA